GGAGCCAUGUCCGAGGCGCAAGAGCUCAUGCUGCAGCUGCAGAAGGACAACCGCGACGGGCGCCUGAGGAAGCAGGAGCUGGAGGAGCUGGUGCGCGGGCUCGAGGCCGAGAGCGAGAGCCUCACCGGGCGCCUGCAGGACCUGCGCGAGCGCGAGCGCAGCCUGCAGCGGAGGCGAAGCCAGGCGACGCGGGCGCUGCGGGGGGAGGCGCGCGAGGCAGCGCGGGAGCGCGCGGAGAGGGCGCGCGUGCUGCUGGAGGCAGCGGAGCGGCGCAAGCGGGACGUGGAGCAACGUAGCCGGCAGCUGCAGGAGCAGUGGGAAGAGCUGUCAAGUCAGCUAUUUUACUACGGAAGGGACCAACUGAGCCGGCAGCGCGCGGAGCAGCAACUCGGGACCCAACUGCUAGCGUUGCAGAAACAACUGGAGUUGCUGGAGGCCAAGCACGCGAUGCAGGCGGAGGGCCUGCGGCAGGGCGCACAGCGGACGGAGGAGGCCUGGGCCAGCUUCCAGGAGCAGAGCGGAGUCCUGCAGGAGCUGCAGGGGAAAGUGAUGGAGGCGGCGGCUGCGCUGGAUGCCUCGCGAGGCAGCCCGGAACUUUGCAACUCUCAGCCACGCCGGGUGCAGGAUUGCGCGGGGUCCCUCAUGGAGGAGGUGGCCAAGGCCGAGUGUAAGAAGCGGCUGUUCUGUGGCGCGGGCGCGACGGGCGUCAAGUUGUGGACGCUGAGCGCGCUGCACGUGCUGCUGCUGCUGCUCCCGCUCGGCUUUCUGGCGCUGGCGCUGCUCUACCUGGUGCUGGUCAACCCCGGAGCCUUCCGCCGCGCGCUUCGGCGCCUCGUCUCGGAGUCCGCCUUCCGCCGCCUGCGCUACACGCUGUCCCCGCUGCUCGAGCUGCGCGCGCGCGGGUUGCUGCCCUCCUAG